AUGCUACCAGCAUCCACUGUCAUGUCUCUUGCCGGCGCCGGCGCCGGCACCGUCGUGCCGAGGGGCUUCCUUUACAGCAACACACCAUCAAUGGUUUUAAAUCGAAGCAGAGAAACUCACGUUCGAGCUUCGCAUUCGGAUGUAAAUGAAGACACAGAUGACAUGUAUGAAGAUUUAAUUAAUAAUUAUGGAAAAGUGGUAUUUAGUAGAAAAGACAAAAAGCCUGCUAGCGCAGAGAUUGAUGAUGAUGCUGAAAGCCUGUCAUUUGCUGUGGAACUGGCUACGGUUGCAACUGAGGUUAAGGCAGCAGAUAUAAAGGUCUUGUUUGUGAAGCCACUUGUUUACUGGACCCGAUUUUUUAUCAUAGCUACAGCAUUUUCUCGUCCCCAGAUCGAUGCUAUCAGGUCCAGAAUGAGAGAUAGAGCUGAGAAGAAAUAUGGAAAAAUUCCAACAGGAGAUACAAAGCCCAACUCAUGGACCCUGUUGGACUUCGGCGAUGUUGUUGUCCACAUCUUCCUUCCCUCACAGAGAGCUUUCUACAAUUUGGAAGAGUUUUAUGGUAAUGCAACACCAGUAGAGCUUCCUUUUGAAAAUCAACCACCAUUUCGUAGUUGA